CUAAUUUGUUUGGUUUCCUUUUUUAAUGGCCACACCGCAAUCACCAUGGCAACAAAAAUGUCAAACUGCCGGUGUUUAUAUUUAUGAAACUCACAAAAGAAUUGAUAAAAAUACGCCUUCACGUUAAUGCCAUACCAUUAUUUUAUAAAAACUGCGUAUUGAAAUAAAUAUAGGGCCUUUAAUAUAAGAAAACCAUAAUUAUCCCUUAAAAAAUGACCGCUGGCACUAUGAUCGAAGUUUUAUCAAUAAAUGUGAAAAAAUUGGCGUAUUUUGUGUUAAACUUUAUUGAACCGCACUAGUGACCUAGUUUUGUGCCUUGUCUUUGUUUCGUAGCAUCUUAUCAAUUUGUAGUAAAGUAAAGAUCGAUCUCACACGGACACCAGCUUAGGUUAUCAGUCUUUCAUCAAAAUAAAAAAGAUUUUGUGAGUUAUAGUUUAUAAAAGUUAUUGAAAUGGCCGAAAGUAAAGAUUUCCGACAAAUAAGUUGACAAUGGAUGAAAAUAUUACAAAGAAAAAAGAUUACGGUAGAGUCUCAAGAAAAUGCUCAGCGAAUUUAUCGCCACAGAAACUUACAUUAUCAGGCAAUUUCACACAGAAGCACAAACUCUUUGAUAUAUCCACACCAUUACGAAGAGCUAGUAUGCGGCAGGAUAUACUGGACAUGGUGGCUCGGAGAACGGAGUCAAGAAUGGAGGAAAGCAAGGGUUAUGUUGAUGAUAAUCCUAUGUAUGAAGAUCCUAGAGAUGUUAUUGGUGAGAAACCAGCAAAACCACCUAGAAAAAGAACCACCCAGGGCAUAGCUGUGUCAUCUCCCAGGACUUCCAAAGAGGGAAAGUCACUUCUCAAAGAACAGAAAAAGAAACUCACAAAGAAAUAUGAACAGCUGAUCACUUCACUUAUGGAUAGAUGUGAAGAAAAUGUUGUACAGCUAACUGAAAAAGACUCUCAAAUUACCAAACUGAAGGAGAAAUUAAAAUCAGUAUUAGAAUACAAUAAACUCUUUGCUGAAGACAAUGAUCACUUGAGGAGUCAAUACGAAACUCUUGUCAAAUACGCAGAAGAGUGUAAGAAGGUGAUUAGAGAAGAGAGGGAGAGGAAUAGAGAGUUAGAAGUGAAGAAUAAAGAACUUCAGGAGAAGGUUAAGCAGUAUGAACUUCCUGAUAGAGACCACGAGCCAUCAACAGCGAUUCCACUAGUAGAGGUCUGCAUGAGUUGCAGCAGUCGACAGAUCAUACUGACUCAAGCGCGGGAACACAACUCGCGGCUACAGAAAGAUAUGCAGGCGCUCAAAGAUGUACUCUACAGGCUAAACGUCCAGCUCUCUCGUUACCAAGAGCGACUGCGCAGCAACAUGCAGUCGAUGGCGGCAGACAAAGGCGACGUGUUCAAGUCUGGAGACAAGCUGGAGACCCUGGACUCGCUCAUCACUAACAGUAUGGGUUAUAAAGAGACCAUUCCGGAUGAGGCUCACUCCAAGUACGGUCAUGACGACACACCCCAUACUGGCAGGACUGUCGACCUGUCUGGCUUGCUCAGCGCUCAAGCCGUAGCUCCCCUUUUCGACGCAUAUCAAGAAAACCUUCUCGAGAAAGACAACCUUAUUCUCGAUUACGAAAAGCAAUUUGAAAACAUGAACAAAAAGUCUAAAGAAAUUGUCUCCGAGAACAAAACUUUGACGGACAAAGUGAAGAUUCUGGAAGAUGAGCUCGUGGGACUGAGACAGAGCUAUAAAAAGGUCGUGAUCGAGAAAGAGACGGCAGAUAUAGAAAAGGCGACGCUAGUGGAGAGGGCUGAAAGGGCGGAGUCCAAGUUGAAGGAGGUUUAUGAACUGUAUGAAGAUAAAAUGGCAGCCAUGAUGCGUGACUACGAGACGGUCCACCGCGAGUACUUCACCGUGAAGAACUCUCUCGAGAUAGCGGAGAACAAGCUCGCGCAGCUGGACGCCCUGCGCGCGCGGACUGUGCCCGCCGAUAUGCAUGAACGACGGCUUGAUCACUGUAAACGGUUACUAGAAGAACUAAAACACCAAUACGGCAUGGAAACUGAUCGCAAAGGGGAACAGGUCACCAAGCUGCAGGAACAGCUGAAGGUUCUGGAGGAGAAGUGCAGCAAGGCCAGCCAGGAGAACGAAGCUAUGAAGGAGGAACUGGAUAAGGCUUUGAAGAAUGUCAGACUGUACCGCAAGGCCGCGGUGAUAUUCCGUCACCGCCUGCGCUCCGCCACGAGCCGCGUGUCGCGCGCCCGCAGCAGCGCGCGCCGCGCACGACACGCCGGCGAGCCGCUGCGGCAGGCCAUGGCCGCGCUCGACAAGAUCAAACAUGAGAUCAAGGCAGUAAAAUCCCGUGCCUACACAUCCCUAGAAGAACUUGAACGUCGCAUCGUGGAGCAGGAGCGUAGGGCUGCGCACGCGCAUGCCGAGUACCGCCGGGAAUUAGAACGGGCGUCACUCGCCUUGGAACACAAGGAGGCUAUCAUACGUAGCCUCAUAGAUAAGGUGGCUGAUGUUGAAGAAGUUAGACUUAGUCAGACCAACACGCAUCGUCUGCAAGGCAUCAUCUCAGACUCCUCCCCGGACAGGUCUCCCAACCUUGAGCGAGAGGCCAGGCCUGCCAAGCUGGUGCCCGGACAUGCCGGCUACUCUCAGGACAAGGAGAAGAGGAAGACAAAGUGAGGCGUGGAGAAACUAGACCCUUCACACCAAUUACAACUAUCCGAGCCAUGCGAAACUAAGAAUUUCCUUUUCAGCAGUAAUCUUCCAAUUGCUUCUUUUAUUUGAAUAAGGAGAACAGAGCAGAAGAAGUAAAGAGAGAGUGAGAAGAGAGUAGUUCAAGAUUUAUUUGCUUUAAGAUUUAGUAUAAACUAGCUGUUGCCCGCGACUUUGUCCCCGUGGGUAGAAAAUAUA